CUUAAGAGUGCUCGCUCUGGAACUCACUCGACGCUCAUUCGGAGUAGUGGAAUGCCUCUGCUCGACAACAAGUGGUCACCGGCUCGCAAGUUGCUCGGAAGGAUCUUCUUGGAUUACAUCACGUGAAUCGUUGCUAGGGAUAAGUUACCCCUCGCCGACCGGAAUCUGCCUUUGGGAAGAGUGGGUCUAUGCAAUAUUUACAGUUAUACAUGUGGAAAACUGAAAGACAGAUCAAAGUAUAAAGCAUAUGAAUAUUGAAGAAAGUUGAGAUUUCUCGAUGCAUUGCUGAAUUCCAAAAGACUAAUAAAUUUCUAUGGAUUAAUAGUGCUUAAAGAUUGCUUUGUAAAAAUCCUAAGGACAUUGAAAGAGCUCAACGUGUCAAAUUUUUGGAAGUUUUCAUUAACAAUCAAAAUUAAAGUUUUCGUUUCCUGCAAGUAAUAUCAGAAAUUCAUUACUAAAAAAUGGCGCUCAGCGCUUCUUUCGGAGUUGAAGACAAUGUGUUGCAUACACCGAAGUUUGUCGAGACAAGCUUCGAUUUUAGUUCCAUGUUCAGUACAAAGUACCUACAUAGCAGCCUCGAUGACGGAUCAGACUCUCUGGACAUUCCACAGUGUGUUAUUGGUUCAACUACUACAACCACGGCUGCUUCUUCUACCUCACACCAAAAAGCUCCCGAAGUUGAUCCAAUCGAGUCAUGUUCCUCCAUGGAUGAGUCUUCUGUGCUGGAGAAUCCAGAAAACAUCCCUGUCCGAUUGCCCAACUAUAAUCUCAGGCAACGUUCCAUCAAAAAUAGAAUUGAGACAGAAAUCAGGAGAAAAGUAGCCAAAAAAACACCGAAGCCCAAACAAAGACCAGCACCACUCAGCAAGUACAGGAGAAGGACAGCAAACGCUAGAGAACGUUCCAGAAUGCAAGAAAUCAACGAAGCAUUUGAAACUCUACGUAAAGUGGUGCCACAGUUCCCAUCCAAGGCCGGCGCCGACAACGCCAAACUUACCAAGAUCACCACCUUGAGGUUGGCUGUGAACUACAUCGCGGCAUUGUCGCAAAUCUUAAAACAAGCCGAUGCAGACGCAGCCACACCUAAUGACAGGGUGCUGGACGGAAUGAUGACCCAGCACUCUGUCAUCGAUGCCAUAGACUCUUCCGAUCUCCUAGGGGCAGGGCUGGGCUCUGUGGAAGGACUUCUUGACGACUCAUUCGAUCUCAUUCUUGAAUCCGAUGGUGACAGCCUUCCCCUGAGUGACGACAUAAACGUGUAAUCUGAGGACCUAUUAUUACACGUAGCUCAGUAGAUCUUAGAAUUAAGUGUGACUUACAUCUGUUAAGUGUCCUUAAACUCUACACGCCAUUUGUUAUAAUCCACCCCGAAAGCUGUUAUUCUACGGACUCAUCGAAACCUUUGUGAUGAAUUGUCUUCCAGUUUAUCAACAUUGCGUCCUAUUAGAAGACUGAUUUAUGAGUCUGAUUCGCCAAAAAACUUGUUGACAUUCUGUUUGAAGAAGGGAUUUCAAGAAAUAUUAAGUAGUGUGGGAAGUAUAGUUAAAUGACGAUGCGCAGCAGAAAGAAUAUAUUUCUUUUUAAUUUGCCUUGAUUGCUGUGAAUCAAAACAGACUGUUUGUGGACUAUUCGAUAAGACCUAGUACAAAUUGUUUAUUUUUUGUUUCUGUAGUUGUUUCUAUGGUAAAAUUGAUAUUAUGAUCUUAAAUGCAUUUUUUGCGCGUGAUUUAAAAUCAUAUAUUACCUUCCUAUAGCAAAUAUAAACAUAUUUGUAAGAUCAAUAAUUCAAAUUUUAAAAUUAUCGGAGGUUUUCCUCCAUCUCAUGCAAUUAUUAUUUUUAUUAUUAUUCCUCGUACUUUAAAAAAAAGCAAUUAGCUCUUCAGGAAGGGCUGAAAAUGAAAAUGUUUUGUCCGUGCUUUAUUUUCCUAUCCGGUGAAUUUCAAAAUGAAUUUAAAAUGGUGUUUCGUCUGGUCAUUGUUUAUGUUUUAUUGAUGUUUAUAUUAAAGAAUGUACGUUGUGUUUAUUGUUGCCUAAUUCUAUUGCAUUUUUCUUACUCUAUCAAAGUUCAUAAAAUCCACUCCCAAUUCAAGUUUAAAUUUGUAUUAACUAGAUGCUCUGUUUUAAAGCCGGAAAUGCUUUAUGCAAAAUGCGUUAAAUAAUUAACUGUAAACUUGAAACAAAAGUAAAUCAUUCAAUUUUUAUUUUCUUACUAAUAAUGCUGGGCAUUAUUACUAUAUAUAUAUAUCGUGUAGUCCUGUUUUGUGCUUUUUUUGCUCAUAAGAAUAUUUACAUAUCUGCUUUUUAGACCACUAUUAUUGUUAGUUAUUUUUAUAUUUGUUGUUUUACUAACACAUAAAUGAAACGCAUUUCAUUUCCAUAUAAAUAGAUUAAUCUAAAUAUGAAACUGUAAAGGUGAAAAAAAUGUUAAAUUUUACACUUGUUUUGCAUUUAAAUUCUUUAGUAAAUCAUAUGUAAAUGAUUUGAAAUUCAUUCACAUUUGAAAAUAGAAGCCAUUUUUUAAAGUGUAUUAUUAAACACUUUAAUAAUACACUGAAACGCGAACAAAGAGAUUCAAAAUGUUACUAAGAAAAAUACCCUCUCUUAUAGCUCAUAAAAAUCCCUCUGAUAAGUAACGAAAUCUUAUGUUCUUUUAUGCUCAUAACGGUUGUACGCUCUCAAUGUAUCAAUUGCUCAUUUUGAAAGCAAGUUAUAAUAAUAAAUUCUAAAAAAUAUGAAAAGUAUAAUUCUAAUACUCUCUAAAAUGUAGCAUUUUUGAAAACUGAGUUUUGAUUAGAAUGUCAUAUUGAAUAUAUAUAUACUGAAAUUUAAGAAUAAACCAAUUUAGAUUUUCAUUUAUCUGCGCCGAAAACGAGCAUGUGAAAUGGUUACGUUAUGUACUGAAAUACUGUGUUGAAUUUCAUGUUUUUACUUUUUUUACUAUUGUUUUAAAGAAAUAAAUAUAAUGAGUUAUAUUCAGUAUCGCUGGCCGAAAACUGAAAAAUAUGCUCUUGCUUGUGAUUUU